GUCUAAUUAUUGAUGCCAGCAACUUGAAGAAAGCUUUUGCUUCAAGCAAACAACAAAUCUUUAAUUCUACAAACUAAUUGGAUUCAUUUACUAUUAAUUAAACUUAUAACUUGCUUCCAAACUCCAAGAUCUCUAGUUUUGAAACAAUUUAUUUUAUAUACAACAUAUGGAAGAAGGAUUAGUCGGUCCACGGAUAUACAGUUGCUGUAAAUGCCGAAAUCAUAUUGCUCUUCAUGAUGAUAUCGUCUCCAAAAAUUUUCAGGCAAGAACAGGGAGAGCUUAUUUAUUUACACAUGCCAUGAAUGUAGUAAUAGGGCAGAAGGAAGAUCGGCAACUAAUGACAGGUUUGCAUACUGUGGCAGAUGUUAAGUGUUGUGAUUGUGGAGAAGUUUUAGGAUGGAAAUAUGAAAGAGCAUAUGAUGAAAGCCAGAAAUACAAAGAAGGAAAAUUUGUUUUCGAAAGAUUUAAGAUUGUAAAGGAUCAUUGGUAGCUAUGGCCUAUGUGGGAAAUUGAUGUUGAUUUCACAUAUUUGAAGUGUAAUUAUGUGCCUAAUUGGAAAAUUUGUACAAAGAAUCUGAACAUUAUUUGUUUGAUAAAUAAACUUUUUUUUGUUUUCCACC